AGCCCCUCCCCUGGAUACGCCACUGCAUAGAAUACUAACUCUGUUGAGCAAAAUCUUAACAAACGACAACAUGUUCAAGUAUAUUACAAACUUCCUAAAAGAAAGACAUUUUCAGGUCAAAGUAUCCCAUACCUUAUCAAAGACGUUCUGCCAAGAAAAUGGCAUCUCACAAGGAUCAUCACUGGCAGUUAAACUCUUUCUUUUGGCCAUUAAUGACAUUGUUGAAACAAUUAAAGUUCCUAUUAAAGCCAAUUUAUUCGCCGAUGACUUUAACAUAUUUUGCAGAAGCAAUAACCUAGAAACUGUCCAAGAAUUACUCCAAAUUAGUGCCAACAGCUUAUCAGAUUGGUAAAAAAAAAACUGGAUUCUCAUUCUCAAACCUCAAAUCCCAAAGUAUUAUCUUUACAAAACAAAAAAAAACAAAAGAUCUCAAUUUAAUAUUAGACAACGUAGUUAUACCUCACCAUAAUAAAAUUAAAAUUCUAGGAAUAACAUUCGAUUCCAAACUUAAUUGGAUAUCCCAUCUAAAAAAUAUUCGUGACUCGUUAUCUCAAAAACUCAACAUAAUCAAAAUAAUUGCUCAUACAUCAUGGGGUGGUGACAGCUCAUCUCUUUUAAUGAUCUAUAAAGCUUUAAUUCGAUCUAAAACAGACUAUGGAUCUAUACUGUUAAAAAAUGCCAAAACCAACCACUUAAACAUGAUUCAAACUAAACUAAAUACUGCUAUAAAACUCUCAAUAGGGGGAUUCAAAUCCAGCCCAAUUGAGAGCAUUAGAAACAUUGCUAAUGAAAUUCCACCUAACCUUAGAAGAGAAAAACUACUUUUAUUAUAUUGUGCCAGAACCAAAAGAAACAUCAAUAACCCAGCCAUCAAAGUAAUAAACGCAUACAUACAGGAAGCCGUAAAAGAAAAUAUAAAAAUAAACAAUAUUUUAGAAAGAAAACCAUAUAAUUUUCCCCCGUGGAACACAACAUUCAAUGUUAACCUUUUUUUAACUAAAUUCAAAAAAGAAAACACAAUGCCCUCCAUUUAUAAAAAAAUGCUCAAUAACAAAUUGCAAGAGUAUCCAAACAGCGUACACACUGAUGCAUCCAAAACUAAUGACGGAGUCGGUCUCGCAAUGAUAAUAAACAAUCUAUCGAUAGCAUACAAACUUCCACCUCAAGCAUCAAUAUUUACAGCAGAAGCGAUGGCAAUAUACAAAGCUGUAAAAUAUCUCCACACAGAAUAUGCAAACCACCAAACCAAAUGUAUAAUACUCAGCGACUCACUCAGUAAUUUAAUUGCCAUCACAAAUACUCGAAACCAAACAGACAUCACAAAGCUCAUACAAGAAGAAACCUUUAUUGCAGAAAACAAAAAUAUACACAUCCAUUUCGUAUGGAUUCCGGGCCACAUAGGCAUUCCAGGAAAUGAAAUGGCUGACCAAGAAGCCCACAAUGCAAUUACCUCCUCAUUAACUGCAACCAUUAAUUCCAUCACAUUCGCAGAUGCCAAGAACGAAAUUAAACUACACUCAAACAACAAAUGGCACUCUCACUGGCGAAAACUCAGCACCAAACUCAAUAUAAUAAAAAACAAUAUAAACCCAUGGAAAAAUCCUGAACUCAGCAGAAAAGAAGAAACCAUAAUAAACCGCCUCCGAAUCGGACACACACACCUAACACAUAGCUACUUGAUGAGCAAAGACGACCCUCCACUAUGCGACUCAUGUAAUGUACUUUUAACGGUCAAUCACAUCAUUACAGAAUGUCAAAAAUAUAGCCAGUAUCGAAAUCAAUACCACAUUUCAGAACAAAUCUGCCAAGCACUAGGACCAAACCCACAAGACGUUAAAAACUUAAUUUUAUUCUUAAAAAAAACAGAAUUAUUUUCAUACUCGAAAGACCUCAUGUUUGGUGCCAACAAAGUUUUAUAUAAAGAAAAGAAGCGUUCUACGUCUGACGAAAUUAUUGGGGCAAACUUGAAAUAG